CUGUUCCCAUCACAGGCUCGGCCGAACUUCAAGAUUCAAGAUUACAAAGCAAAAGGCAAAAGCAAAACCUGAUCACCAUCUCCACCUAGCCCCCGAAAAUCUCACUUCUUCCACACCCAAACUCUCUCUCUCCCUCUCUCUCUCGCACACCUGCCUGCCUACCUACCAUAAAAACCAGAUCAACCUUUCCCUACUCUCCCUUUCUUCUCCAGAGCCGUAUGCAAACCCCACACUCUAUCUCUCUAUGUUUCUACUACUGUAUCUGUAGGUGUACAUUGAUGAAGUGUUUGCUGCUUUGAUACUGCUAUGGAAGGGAAAGAAGUGGUAAAGAUUGAGAAUUUUGUUGGAUCGACAACAUUUCCUGAUCAUAUUCAGAGCAGUUAUCCUCUCCAAGGUUUAUUUGAUUUCUGUGAAGGAGAUAGGAGCUCUUUAGGGUUUAUGGAGCUACUGGGUAUGCAGGACUACAGUCCUUUCGUGUUUGAUAUGCUGCCAGUACCAUCUAUGCUGCAACCUGCAGCUUCUAAACCAGUUGUUACAAAGAUAGAAUCCCCAGAGGCGUUGAAUCAGCCUGCAACUCCUAACUCUUCGUCGAUUUCCUCAGCGUCCAGUGAGGCUUUAAAUGAUGAACCGGUUAUGGCUGCUGAUAAUGAGGAAGAAGAGCAGCAGAAGACCAAGAAAGAGUUGAAGCCCAAGAAGACAAAUCAAAAGAGACAGAGAGAGCCGAGAUUCGCUUUCAUGACGAAGAGCGAUGUUGAUCAUCUGGAAGAUGGGUACAGAUGGAGAAAGUACGGGCAGAAAGCUGUGAAAAAUAGCCCCUUUCCUAGGAGUUACUAUCGUUGCACCAGUGCCUCAUGUAAUGUGAAAAAGAGAGUAGAGAGAUCUUUUAGUGAUCCAAGCAUCGUUGUGACCACCUAUGAAGGCCAACACAUCCAUCCUAGCCCUGUUAUGCCCCGUCCAAGCUUUGCUGGAGCUGCGUCAGAGUCUGGUUUCUCCGCAACUACUUUUGCCAUGCCAAUGCAAAGAAGACUAUCGCUCUAUCAACAGCAGCAACAACCCCUUGUCAAUAGCUUCUCACCUCUGGGUUUCGGUUAUAACGGAACAACAAAUGCUAGUUUUCUACAUGAAAGGCGCUUUUGCACCAACCCAGCGGGGUCUACUUUGCUUGAGGAUCAUGGGCUUCUUGAAGACAUUGUCCCCUCCCAUAUGCUAAACGAGGAGUAGAUGAGAACACGAUUGCUACUUUGUAGUUCCAUUCACUGACUUUAAACGGAGGCGUAGAUGACCCUUUACUGUGAUAUAAAAAAUAUAUUAUAUAUAGUAUGUGAUUUUCUUGCUGACAGGUCAUGAUCUUUAUCUUGAAGAACCCAACUUCCAUUCACUGUAAGAUGGAGUUUUUCUUCAAUGCUGUGGACUAGCUUCUUUCUCUGAUACUGUUUUUUAUUUCCCACCUUUUUCUAUUUCUGUGGUUUUGGGUUAGUAGGGAUUGUACGUGAUAUGGAAAAGGAGGUUAUUUCAACUUUAACGCUA